AUGAGACCAAUAUUAUUAAAAGGUCACGAAAGAUCUUUAACUCAGGUUAAAUUCAAUAAAGAAGGGGAUUUGAUUCUCUCAGUAGGUAAGGAUACCGUUGCUUCCAUCUGGUAUUCUUUCAACGGUGAAAGAUUGGGAACUUUGAAGGGCCACAGUGGUACCAUCUGGACUAUUGAUGUUUCGGAAGACAGCAAAUUGGCAAUUACCGGGUCUGCUGAUUUCAGUGCCAAAUUAUGGAACGUUGAAACUGGUGAAUGUUUGUUCACUUGGUCAUUAGAAACACCUGUCAGAAGAGUGGAAUUCAACCCUUACAAAGAUGAGAUCCUCAUGGCCAUCGAUGCCGUCAUGGGUUUCAAUGGUAGAAUACUUGUAUUCAAAUUGAACAAGGAUAACUUGAGCGAACAGUCGACCGAACCAAUCUUAGACAUACCUACCAGAAAGGACUUUGUCAAGGCUAUGAUUGUGGGUUACUCUUAUGGUGGUAAAUAUAUUGUUGCUGGUCACCAAGAUGGUGUUAUAUCAAAAUAUGAUGCUGAAAACGGGAAAUUCAUGGCAUCGGAGAAAAUCCACGAAAAACAAAUUACCGAUAUCCAAUUUUCAGAAGACAGAACAUACUUUAUAACAUCUUCUAAGGAUAAGACUGCUUGUUUGGUUGAUACUGAUAGUUUUAAGGUUUUGAAGACUUACGAAACUGAUGCACCAAUGAAUUCUGCCACUAUCACACCUGUCAAAGACUUUGUUGUUCUUGGAGGUGGUCAAGAAGCCAGAGAUGUCACCACAACCAGUGCAAAGCAAGGUAAAUUUGAAGCCAGAUUUUUCCACAAGGUUUUCCAAGAUGAAAUCGGUAGAGUUGCUGGCCAUUUCGGUCCUCUCAAUUAUGUUGCCAUGCAUCCAAAUGGUUCUGGGUAUGCUUCUGGUGGGGAAGAUGGUUUUAUUAGAUUGCACUAUUUUGAAAAGCACUAUUUUGAUUUCAAGUAUGAUGUUGAACUCACUGCCAAUUCUUCUUUAGCUUAA